UGAGGCAUGAAGAGGAGGCUCCCGGGCGGGAGCGGGGCUGAGGCGGGUCCAGGCCCUGCGCGGCUGCCGACCAGCCGCCCCAUGCGGGCUCCGUCCCCCCGCGGCCCCUCGCCGGGAUGGAGAUGCCCGGUUGCCGCCUGCGCCGCCGCCAGCUCCCCGUCCUGCUGCUGUGGGUUAAUGGUCUAAUGACGCUUGGAUUUGCAGGUGCAUAUCAGCAGACUCGUCUCUGCAAUGAAUCUCUCAUGUUAGAAAAGUUGCCUGCCUGUGGGAAAUCCUUUGAAGAGAUGAUGAAGAAAGUGGACUCCAAAAAAUGGUGCAACCUGACAGAAUUCAUCAUGUAUUACGACAACUUUACCCAGUGCACAGAACGUGAAGCCAACAGCGCCAGCUGCUUUUGGCCAAACCCCCUGGCUGAGGGCUUUAUCACUGGAAUUCAUAAACAAUUCUUUUCAAACUGUACUUCAGACAAGGUUCACUGGGAAGAUCCACCAGAUGAAAUUCUCAUAACUCUCAUCUUGAUCCCAGUCAUGUUGACGUGUGCCAUGAUAACACUGGUAGUGUGGUGCAGCAAGAGAAGCGAUAUCCUGGUGUGAGCUGCUCCUCAAGGCUGAUUUUCUUCUCCAUUUCCUCCUUCCAAAAACACUAAGGAAAUAGGACAAAGAGAGAAACUCGGCAUAAAGACUUCAGACCUGCUAACGUGGACCUGUGAGAUACUGAGACAGAGACAGUGCUCCUGUGAGCAAAGAGCUGCCUGCUGCUGAAGGUCACUGCUCCUGAGCUUGGCCAUCGGUGCUGCUGGUGCAAAGCUCUCUACUUCCACUGGACCUCAUCAUCAUGGAAUUCAGAAGCAGCUCCCAGAAACAGGAGAGUUCCCAGGGGAAUGGACUUCUUAGCUACAGAAGAGGUAAAGUGACUUUCCUGUGGGUAAUGCUGGUUGUCAAACUAGGUUUUGCAAAACCACAUGAAGUGUGUGUACACAUGGUGUCACACUGCCUGCAGGGCAGGUGCCAUCUCUGGAGUUUUUGCGCAGGGCACUUGAGAUUUUCACCUGUGAUCUCUGUGACUUAGUAGAAGAUCCCUGGCAAAGGAACUGAAUAUGGAUCUAGUGAAAUGGCAACUUUUCCUGGAAGUGAGCCCAAAGCAUCCUUAUCCAGAACUGAAAGCGUUGUCCUGGCAAAGGAACAAUGCCUUAUGCCCAGUGACUGCCUGCAGGGGAAUUACAACGCCGCUUCAUACCAUCCUUUCUAAAAUGCCUUUACGCAUGGCUGCUUGGGGCUGUAUGGCUUACCAACAAACCCUGGGGAGAUCCACAGGUCUUAUUUCACACAGCUGGAAAGCACGAGGGCAAAUGGAUUAUGAAUCUGCUAAGGAGUAGCAAAGCAACUUUCACACACCAAACGAUUUUUCCUCUUUUGUAAUUAUCCUUUUUGACGACUUGUGUUCACUUUGUGCUCCCCUCUCCCACUUCAGCUUGUGCAAGUGAUAGCCCCCAAAUAAAUACACAGGCCUCAACUUGACUGAGGCCCCUUUCGGGAUGUAAUUGUGUACAUAAAUAGUUCUUCAUCCCCUGAAGAGUGUGGGAGCUAAAGCCUGAACAUCAGAGCCUGGAGCAGAUAAAAGAGGAAAGAGAAAACAAUCGACUGAGAAAUCUUAUUCUAUAAAGUUAUUCCUAAGUGACUGUUUAAAUAAAGA